GCUUCUCCGUCGGACACAUAGACGUCGGCUGAUCUCCCAGCGAUCUUCUCUGGAGACUUUGGAGGACAUAGAAGAAAAUGCCCCACUACGCAGAUGUCGGACUCUCUCAGGAUCACCCAGACCAAAGAACUUUAAGAAGGUUCAUUUUAUCAAGAACAUGCGGCAGCAUGACACCAGAAAUGGCAGAAUAGUCCUUAUCAGCAGCAGAAGAUCCUUCUGUAGCAUAUUUUCAGUGCUGCCAUAUCGAGACUGUACCCAAGUCGGGGACAUGAAGUUGGAUGGUGGACGCCAGUGCCAUUCUACUGGAGUGUGUCUGAAAGAGAUCAUUGGUCUUGAAGGUGUGGAGCUCGGAGCAGACGGGAAGACUGUUUCGUAUACACAGUUCCUGUUUCCAACCAACGCUCUAGGAACUCGGAGGAACACAAUAGACUCCACCUCAUCCUUCUCCCAGUUUCGCAAUGCAAGCCAUCGUAGCCUUUCUUUGGCAAGAGCUAACAGCACCCAGGGCAGCAUCGAUGCAGGCAGUGACCUGGGAGACUAUGUUGAAUACGACCCAAAUCUUUUAGAUGAUCCCCAGUGGCCAUGUGGCAAACAUAAGCGGGUUUUAAUAUUUCCUUCAUAUAUGACCACAGUCAUAGACUACGUGAAGCCAUCAGAUCUCAAAAAGGACAUGAAUGAGACAUUUAAGGAAAAGUUCCCUCACAUCAAGUUAACCCUCAGUAAAAUAAGAAGCUUGAAGAGAGAAAUGCGCAAGCUUGCUCAAGAAGAAUGUGGUUUUGAAGAGCCCACAGUAGCCAUGGCCUUUGUCUACUUUGAGAAGCUCGCUCUCAAGGGGAAGCUGAACAAGCAGAAUAGAAAGCUUUGUGCUGGAGCCUGUGUUCUUUUAGCAGCCAAAAUUGGCAGUGACCUCAGAAAACAUGAAGUCAAGCAUCUUAUAGAUAAACUGGAAGAGAAGUUCCGGCUGAACAGGCGAGAGCUGAUUGCCUUUGAGUUCCCCGUGCUGGUGGCCUUGGAGUUUGCUCUCCACCUUCCUGAGCACGAAGUGAUGCCGCACUACAGACGCUUGAUCCAGAACUCCUAGCACUGGCUGCCCUGCUGGGAAGGGGCUCCGGACUGUUCCCACCUGGCUCUCUUGAGCUGCAUUACUACUGGAAAUGCAAAGUUACAGACUCCUAACACUUCACUCUCUCCCUCUCCGAACCAGUUUUUUCAACAACUGAUGGGAAACGCUGCGUUGACGUAAGACUCGGCUUUGACAAAUUUAGAUGUCGUUACUUUCUCAAAGCAGGUGGAGACUGAGAUGUUGGUACAUGGUUAAUGUGCUGAAACUGGAUGGCAACUGACCCUACCAGUGGGGACUGCGGACCUACAAGCUACCUGUCAUCAGUCAUACAAAAGCCUGAGGGGGCAGCCUCCACUACCACCCCUCUCUCAAUCACACAAACCCUGAAAGCCCACUUGAGUGCAUUCUCAUAGUGCUUUUUCUACAAACCUGCUGCAACUCAUGAAAGGACACCUUGUGAAAAAGCUUUUAAAGAGAAUAUCUUCACUGUGUCAAAAAGAAUGUGCCAAUCUAUUUUUGUAUCAGCAAUUGAAAGUGCACUUUUUCCUGUGGGGUGUUUGUGUGUAGAUGUGUGUGUGUGUGUGCGCGAUGCUGACCUGACCUGUGUCCAUGUGGGUGGCUUUGCUGUUUCAGCCUGUAUCAGUUACUGAGGGGGAAGAUCAAGGUGACCUUACGUGUUUACUUCUUGAAAAACAUAACUACUGGAAAAGUGGUAAAUGGGAUCAUUUUUGGAUGCUCGUUUUAUUGUUUUCUAAUUCUCUGAUCUUUCCAACAUCUUACCUUUGAAAGGAUCACACUACUAUCAGGAGAGAAGGAUCAGCAGCUGACCGUAAGUUUUCAGUCAUGUUUGUGAUAGAAGUGAAAGCAUUAGUAUGAGAUUUCCAUGUCAUGUUUUUUAAAAAUAUCUUGUGUUAAGCCACAUGCUUAUUUUUAACCUUCGCACUUUUCCCACUGUGGAGAUGGUUAAGACUUGCACUCUGUAGUGUUGUAUUUCUGUGCUCUAUGUUAGAGUGCAUAAUAAGCACAUUUGUUGUGCUGUAUCUUAAAACAGUGUUUUAUUAAAAAAAAAAAAAAAAAGUAGGGCUCAGCAGUAUAACAGGUGUGUUAAGGCUCCAACAGCAGGGGCAUCAGCUGUUGUUCAGGUUUUGUUUUUUAAUGAAAAUUGACUGUGCAAAACCUAUAAUCAGUGCCCAUUUAAGUUAAAGACCCUGUUCCUUCCAACAUUUCAGUAUUGGAGUUUAACAUGAAGCCUUCCUGCAACUCCCAUGGCUCUGACUGGAUGGAUGCCCAGAAGCUGCCGAGUGUCGCCUGCACUCCCUGAUGCUGCGUGGAUGCUGGGCUGUGCUCAUGGGCAUCACUCAGCCAAUGGCAUUCUGGGCAUCACACCCAUGUCCAAUCUCCUCCUGCACAGGUUCACUUCCCAAGCCUUGCCCUCCACGUGCCCCACAAGAUCCUGUACAGUCAAAUCCUUACACUUUUGAUGUCUUUUAUAAAUAAAUCUCAGCCAUGAGAUUGUAGCUGAAGCCUUACCUCUGUAAGUUCGGGAGUGCUUGCUCAGAGUAUGGGAAGGGCUUGUGAGCAGAACGUCGAGAGGUGGGACAUGUCAGAGGAUGUACACACACUAAUGCUUACUUUCUUUCACUCUUACUUUAACCGGUUUUAUUACUUCCUUUGGUUAGGCCAGAAAACAUCCAGUUUCUUUACCAGCUUUGACUCCUUUAAAUUCUAGUACCAAAAACACCUGCAUACGAUUGCUCUCUAGGAUCUGGAAAGGGUAUGGGAAAUGUGUCAGGACAAAUGGGAAUUCGUCUGAUGCUGUUGCUCUCCCUCCAUUUUAAGGGGGAGGGUCACUGUGCUGGCUUACAAUUAUUACUAAUACUUGUCUAAAUACUGAUUAGAUACAUUCCAGCGGGACUGGGGUUGGGUGAACAGAAAAAUGUGCACUUCCCUCCCCAGCGCAGCCCCCCACUCCCACUGCCUCCCAGCCCCAGCAGCCCAGGAGGAGAAGGGCCGAGUGCCCACGGCAGCACAGCAGCUGUCUGCAGACCACUGCAGUCAGCAGAUCUGUCCUAGGGCCUUCCGUCCUCGGCUGUGGCCCUCCCCUCCAAAAUCAUGUAUAUACAUUCAAGAUUUGCUUCUGGUGGCAGAGAUCUGUUCCCAACACUGACUGCUGAAAGCUAAGAGGAGGCUUUACCUUCUGCAAAGGUUCUGCCUUUUGCUUUUUAGUCUUGAUUUUUUUUUUUAAUGUUGCUUUAGAGUAUUGCAGGGAAAAAGCAAAUUGUGAUUGCAAGAUACAGACUAAAGAAUGGCAGUCUUACAGUAGUCUUCAGAGACGCUAUUGAAUCAUGCUGUCACAUUUUUUGUCUCCUGUGCUGCUACCCAAUCCCGAUCCACAGUUUACACAGAUUUCUGGGAGGAAAUCUGAUUGCUGGAGACUUUCUGCUUCUUGUUGUCAUUGUUUUCAUUGUUUUGGGGGUGGGAAAGGGUUUUGGAGUGAUGUUCAGUUACAGUUCCAAUGUGGAAUAAACAAGAUGGUGGCAAUGUUGCACUGUUCACUUAGGAAUGUAUAUAAAGCCAUAUGAUGCUAGAUCUCAAAGCACAAAGCAUGGUCAGUACGAUGGUGGUUAGGACUACGGGCAGCGUGUACCCCCUUUUGUCCCCAAUCCUGGGAAAAUUCAGGCUGAAGUGACAGAGGAAAUCUGUACCAAACAACAAACAGAAGUUGAUUGUUUGCCUUUGUCUUACAUGGUAACAAGUGUUGAUUUACAAAUGAUUUUAGAUUCAACUUCAAGUAGUUCCGAAAAUCAUCCAUUCCAUAUCACCUGUUAUGUUUUGAAAUUACAUACCAUACACUCUACCAUGCAGAGUUUUUGCUUUUUCUAGAAAAAAUAAAUAAAAGUUAAAAAAAAAUAAUUGAAAAACCCAGACUCUUUUCCACCAGUGACAGUAAGUAAAAUUAUUCUGUUCUCUCAUCUGUAUGUGUCAAAUGGUUCUGGUUUUGUCUUCCUCUGGGACAUAAAGCUGAUAAUUAAGAAGUCCUGGGCAUCUCCUAACCUUCAUCUCCUGCAGAUUCCUCACUUCCAGGAUCUCUUCUCCAGCCAAGAUCUCUUUUUGGCACCGGCUCCUCUCCAUCAUGUACAUAAGCAUGAAGUACACACAGACAAGCAGGCUCCUAUGCAAUUCUUCUGUCUCAUUACCCUUUGUUAAUUGGAGAGGUUGGGAUAUGCCACUUAGGUUUAGUCCAGGUGUUAUUCAGGUUUGCAGCUAGCUCCGUACCAGUGGUAGUGCACAUGGUAGGCUGUCAGAGUGGCAGUUUUGGACACUGAACACAAUUAUCUGCCAUCUAUUAGCAGUCAAACCAUCUUUUCCACCUCCGACACUCCCUAAAUCCAGCACAUACCUGGGCCUGGUUAGGCCAGAUGUUUUCACCAGACAGCACCCACGUAUUGUGCUUUUGCAUUGAAUGGUUCAAGAUCUGCUCAGAUGGAGCCCUAGGCAAUCUGAUCUAGUGCCUGACUUAGUGCCUGGCAACUCUGCCUGUGGCAUGAAGGCUGGAUCUGGAUGGUCUUUGAGAUCCCUUCCAACCCAAACCAUUCUGUGAUUCCACAUUCACUUUAAUAAACAGUUUUCAGAGGUUUGGUUUCCUACCCCAUACCCUUAGCUGUCUGUAUUCCAUAGAGCCCCAUAAUUGCAAAUCAGUAUUUGUGGUGUGGAGAACAGCAGUUUGAUUUACGUGGGACCCAGAAUGUAGAAAUAUACAGAAUGCUCUGCUAAUCAUCUUCCAAAGUAAUCUCACAAAUGCCAGUGUCAUCUUUGGAGUAGUCUGUAAUGACUUUAAAUGAAAUAACAUCAGCUAGUUGCUUCAACCACAUAGCAUGGAGCCUCUUUGCUGGAGGCAGAGCAAUUUAUUCGAAGAUAACACCUUCCCACAAUGCUAGCAGAUUUUGGCACCAGUCUCCAUGUUAAAAACAUUGAAACAACAUUAAAAAAAUUUUUUUUAAAGGUGAAAGUUGUUUAGAGAAGUGAGAGACUGUGCAUUCACAGCUACAGCAGUGCCAACAUCACUACUGAGACUGAAAUCUGUCCCAGGUUGCACCUUUAGGGAAGGGGUGGAGGUGUGGGAGGAGGACCUGAACUUCAUUUGUUCAUCCAUCUGCCAUUUGUAGAAAAGAUGGGGAAAAAAAAAGGAAAGGGGAGAAGAAUUUUCAGACUCAUCCCUUUGCUGAGACUUGUACACAAAGAGGGCUCUCUGAAACCUUGCUCCUGUCCAUAGGCUGCACAGUGAGGCCCUGCAG